CGCGUUUAAAACUUGUACGAUUUAAAAUGAUGUGGUUUUUGGUGUUUUUUAAAGUUUCCAAAAAGUCUUGCGUCGUAAAAGGAGUUCAUUUAUCCAAACAAAAUCCUGCAAUAAACGAUAUUGUAGACGUGGACUAUGGAAACGGAAAAAUUUACGCAGCGAAAAUUUUACGAAAAUCCAAUAACAAAACUUAUUUGGAGUCGCUAGGGGUAUCGACAACUGGGGAAGUUGUAACCCCAACCCUUGCGGAAAACAAUCCAAGGGCUCACCAAAGAAAAAUUAAAUUCAAUCCAAUCCCCAAAACAAAAAAAGUCAGUCACAUAGAUGAAUUUAUCGAACCAGAGCUGCUCGAAGAUGAUGAUGACCAGAUGGGCGAAGCUUUUAAGGAUUAUAAAAACAAUAAUGAUGAGACUGAAAACACGUUCGAAAAAGAGGAAAAAAGCGAAUCAAAUAAAAAUUUAACGUGCAAAAUGUGUGAAAAUAUACAAAUUACACCAGAAAUAAUUCUCCUCCAAGAGCACUUUUUUACUCAUUUAACCGAGCGUUAUAGAGAUCAAAUGAAACAAAAAAAAGGCUCGAAGAAAGACAAAGAAUUAAAAGAACUAGAACAUUGGCAAAUCCCUUCAUAUUCAAAGGUUGAGCUUGUCGACAAUUCGGGCGUAUGGAUUGAGCAUCUUCAUUUAAAGCAAUUUGAAGGUACUGUCGGCGAAACAGAUUAUAGGGAAAUGAUUCGCAAAUUGCUACGCGAGUUGGUCGGGGACAAAAAACUUGCAAAUUCCUGUGCUCUUGGGCACUCAUUCGAUGGGGCCAGUUCCGCGAUCAACCCUCAAAUUCUAAAAACUAUUAAAGAGUAUACUCAAGAUAAAUAUAAAAACUGGACAAAUACAAGAGAUUUCAAUCGAAUAGUAAAUUUGUUUUGCGGGCGAAUAAGAUUUUCUUUAAAGGAUGGGAAAACAUCAACAAAAAGGUUUUUAGCAAAAAGUUCAAAAAAGCCUAAGGAACACCCCAAUUAUGUUAUGAAAUCUGCAGUGGCGCACCCUCAGGCAAGCUCGUCGCAGUACCCUCCAUCAUCAGAAGGUAUCAGUUAUGCAAUGAAAUCUGCCCUAUCAGAGGCACACCCUCAGGCACAACCUCAUUGCACCAACUCGUCGCAGUACCCUCCAUCAUCAGAAGGUAUCAGUUAUGCAAUGAAAUCUGCCCUAUCAGAGGUACACCCUCAGGCACAACCUCAUUGCACCAACUCGUCGCAGUACCCUCCAUCAUCAGAAGGUAUCAGUUAUGCAAUGAAAUCUGCCCUAUCAGAGGUACACCCUCAGGCGAGCUCAUCAGUGGCCAUGGCACAACCUCAGUGGAAUUAUUAUAAACCUCAAAGCAGCGACUGGUCGCAGUACCCUCCAUCAUUAGAAGGUAUCAAUUAUGCAAGGAAAUCUCCCCCAUCAGAGGGACAUCCUCAGUCGAGCCCAUCAGCAGACUUAUCAGUGGCCAUGGCACAACCUCAGUGCACCAACUCGUCGCCCCCAUCAUCAGAAGAUUUAAAAAGAGUAUUCGGAAAUAUUCGCUUUGGCACUGAGGAAUACUUUUUGGAAUACUCGGUAGACUGA